AAACAAAAGCCAAUGUCCUCCCUCAGAGUCCGCGGCCGGUCAGCUCCUAGGGCGAAGAAGGCCAUGCUGCCCAACCGGUAAGUCCAGCGGUGAGCAGGGUGUUCUGUUCUUCACUUCCAGCGAGCCAGAGUUUUAUAAAUGGACACUGACAUGGACUACGAAAGACCAAACGUUGAAACCAUCAAGUGUGUGGUUGUGGGAGACAACGCUGUGGGGAAGACGCGCUUGAUCUGCGCCAGAGCAUGUAAUACAACACUGACGCAGUAUCAGCUGCUGGCCACCCACGUACCAACUGUGUGGGCGAUUGACCAGUACCGGGUUUGCCAGGAGGUCUUGGAGCGUUCCCGGGACGUUGUUGAUGAAGUGAGUGUUUCUCUCAGGCUUUGGGAUACUUUUGGUGAUCAUCACAAAGACAGGCGUUUUGCAUAUGGCAGGUCCGAUGUGGUGGUCCUCUGUUUUUCCAUUGCUAAUCCUAAUUCCCUAAAUCAUGUGAAAACCAUGUGGUAUCAAGAAAUCAAGCACUUCUGCCCUCGCACACCUGUUGUUCUAGUUGGCUGCCAGCUAGAUCUCCGCUAUGCUGAUCUUGAAGCCGUUAAUAGAGCCAGACGCCCUUUAGCAAGGCCCAUAAAGAGAGGGGAUAUUUUGCCCCCGGAAAAAGGCCGAGAGGUGGCAAAGGAGCUCGGCAUACCCUACUAUGAAACAAGCGUCUUUGACCAGUUUGGAAUCAAGGACGUGUUUGACAACGCAAUCCGAGCCGCGCUGAUUGCCCGCCGGCACCUGCAGUUCUGGAAAUCCCAUUUAAAGAAAGUUCAGAAACCUUUGCUUCAGGCACCGUUCCUACCUCCAAAAGCCCCUCCACCAGUCAUCAAGGUCCCAGAAUGUCCCUCCAUGGGGACGAAUGAAGCUGCCUGUUUACUGGACAAUCCUCUGUGUGCCGACGUCCUGUUCGUCCUCCAGGACCAGGAGCAGAUUUUCGCGCACCGAAUUUACCUUGCUACCUCCUCUUCCAAGUUUUACGAUCUUUUUCUAAUGGAAUGUGAAGAAACCCCAAAUUGGAUCGAAGGGGCUUGUGAGACUGAGAAGCAGAGCAGGGAUUUCCAGGAGCAGGCAUGGAGUCCUGACCCAGACGAGGAAAGGGAAGAGGGCAUCCCAAGGACACCUCAGGCCAAUCACGGCAAGUUCUCAAGCUGGAACCUGCUCCAGCAGGAUAGCCCGGGGCUGGAAGCUGGGGGCCCGGUCGGGGAGACGCAGCCUCUGUCGGGCUGGAGUAAGGGGUUCGUUGGCAUGCACAGGGAAAUGCAAGUCAAUCCCAUCUCAAAGAGAGUGGGCCCCGUGACCGUGGUCAGGAUGGACUCGUCCGUCCAGCCAGGCCCUUUCCGGACCCUGCUCCAGUUCCUUUAUACAGGGCAACUGGAUGAAAAGGAAAAGGAUUUGGUGGGCCUGGCUCAGAUUGCCGAGGUCCUGGAGAUGUUUGACUUGAGGAUGAUGGUGGAAAACAUCAUGAACAAGGAAGCCUUCAUGAACCAGGAAAUUACAAAAGCCUUUCACGUCAGGAAAGCCAAUCGGAUAAAAGAGUGUCUCAGCAAGGGGACAUUCUCAGAUGUGACAUUUAAGUUGGACGAUGGAGCCAUCAGUGCCCACAAACCGCUGCUGAUCUGUAGCUGCAAGUGGAUGGCUGCCAUGUUCGGGGGGUCGUUUGUAGAAAGCGCCAACAGUGAGGUAUACCUCCCGAACAUAAACAAGAUGUCAAUGCAGGCGGUAUUGGAUUAUCUCUAUACCAAGCAGUUGUCACCUAACUUGGACCUGGACCCACUGGAAUUAAUUGCCUUGGCAAACAGAUUUUGCCUGCCACACUUGGUUGCACUUGCAGAGCAGCACGCCGUUCAGGAGCUGACCAAGGCUGCCAUGAGUGGCGUGGGCAUCGAUGGGGAAGUGCUCUCUUAUUUGGAAUUGGCCCAGUUUCACAACGCCCACCAGCUGGCUGCCUGGUGUUUGCACCACAUCUGCACCAACUACAACAGCGUGUGUUCCAAGUUCCGCAAGGAAAUCAAAUCGAAAUCUGCAGACAACCAGGAAUACUUUGAGCGGCACCGCUGGCCCCCAGUGUGGUACCUGAAGGAAGAAGACCACUACCAGCGUGUGAAAAGAGAAAGAGAGAAGGAAGACAUUGCACUAAAUAAACAUCACUCAAGACGGAAGUGGUGCUUCUGGAAUUCAUCUCCAGCAGUCGCCUGAGGCGGAAGAGGGAAGAAAAUCAGUAAUCUGACACACCACUUUUAAAGGCACUACUGUAAAAUUACUUAUUAUUAGAGAUAAGAUGUAGUUCAGGUUUCAGGCAUUGAUCUGCCUCCACUUUUGUGCAUUUAUCUUUGUUGGGAUCAAAGCACAAGCUCACCAUCAAUGAGCCUGGACAAAAAGGGAAGUUGACGCUCACUGCAUUCCUUAAAUUUACAUGUAUAAUUUUUUGUUACAAGGCUUAAUAAACUUCAGUCCGUUAUCUCCUUUCUUUUUAUACAAAGGAAAAAAAAUCCAGCUUUCCUGUUUCAAAUUCCAAAUUGGAAAAUAUUUUUAUAUGGUCUCUUGUAUUUUGCUGGAAAUGAAAAUACUGUGUAUUGCUUUAUUUUACAGACCACAAAUUAACCACGCAGUCGCCCUGUGAGUCUCUUCACCCACGUGACCACUGAGCAUUAUUACUUAAUUAGUGGGUUAUCCUUUUGUUGUGAAGUAAAGGGUUGGAAUGAAAUUCCCCAAAGUGCAAGCCAGAGAGCAUUUAAUCUUUGUUCUGCCGAAUAACAUUGGUAUAAUUACCAAGUCAACUCCAAGAAUGUGUAUUUACAAUAUUUGCCGUGUAAGUGCUAGUAAUUAUAUGGUUCUAUGUGCCAUGUAAAAUAUAAUGAUAUCAAAUCUUCUGUUGUUUAAAACAUCUAGAUUCAAGAGGAUAAUCUUUAUAAUCAUUAGAAGGGCUUAUUACAUCCCAGCAUUAUCCAGGGCAAACUCACUCAUGGACCUGAAUACAAGAGAUACCAUCAGAGAUGGGUGUUGGGAUGGCUGUUUGAGGAUGUCCGUCUCUCGGGAGUCCUGGAUCCUGCCGUGUUUCUGCACGCAGAUUCUCUACUGACUUGAAUCGAGAUGGGCAAGGGAAAGGGUCCCAGGACUCUGUCCCCGCGUCUGCAGGCUUGUCACAUCUCACCACCAGAAAAAGGCUUCCUCAGGUCUCUCACCUGCGGCCAACUUCACUUUGUAAGACCUGUAUUUUUAACUCUUUCCAGGGAAAAUUCAUGUCGCUGCAGAAGUAGGCCAAGAUAGACCACCCACCCCUGCUGAAAUGCAGUGGGGCCUGUGAAGGCACAAAGCCGGAGGCUGGGUCAUCUAGGGUCCCUGCAUCCUCCAAUGCAGACAGGAAUUUUAUUCCAAGAGUCUAGGAAAUGGUGCUAUUGUGAGUUAGUUCUGACCCUUUGUCUUCUGAGUUUUCAGUGUUAAAAUAGAAAGUAUUGAGCAGGGGAGCUUUGGCGAGGCAGCCAAUCAUCGCCUCUCUGUAAACGAAGCUGUUACAGCACUCAUACAGAGUGUUUUAAGGCCACAGCUCCAUGCCUGUCAUGGGAUGUGUGGUGGAGGCUGGGGCUUAUUCUACCAGGAGGUCAUUUUAAUGAUGCUAAAGGCUGUUGAUUUUUUUUCUAGCUUUCAGAAGUUGGAAAAGAGGCAAUUGAGCCCAGUGUUGACAGCCAAAAACAUUUGAAAAUCUAUCCAGAUUACAGAUGGGCAUUUAUUCCAGGUGGUGGAUACACACCAGUUACAAGAGUUUGGAGAGGCCCAGAAAUGUGUCACCCUCACAUGGUAAAGGAGGGGGCAGUUGAGUAGGGAUGGAUGACUGCAAAUGCAUCUGCUUUAAUUUUUGGUCAGUAGGUUGUAAAUUAUUAAUAGAAGGAGAAAGAAGACAGAAGAUUAGGAUAGAUGUCAAGACUCAGGAAGAAUUGACAUAUAUCCCAUCAAAAAAUGGUAGAAGUUGAGUUUCUGACGAGUAGUCAGAGUUGAAUUUACACAACCAAAGCUCCCAUUUGAUUGUAAUCUUGCCAAAACGUAAUGGACAUGUAAAUGCACCUGGGGUACAAGCAAUAAUAUCCACUAGUGUUUGUUGUCAGCUCCUGUAACCAAGUGGCUGGUUCAUUUGGUUGCUGCUGAUUACGGCCUUUAACCAUGGUGGUUUGUUUUCUGUUUUUUAUUUCACAAAAAGCCAAUAAAAUUGUUUAGCUAUAAAAU